AGUUCCCACAGUAACCCACAGCGCUCACAGCACUCACAGCAAACUUCUCCCAGAGCUCUGUACAGCUCUGCACAGAACAUUGUGAUUUACUGAUAAGUGGCCAUAUCAUGCUUGGUGGGUUUCAGUGAUGUGAUCCCGGCUUGUUUUGCGUGCAACCGCGACUUUAAAGAAGGAGCAGAUUAAGCAGACGUACGCCCUCAACUUCAUCAUGACCCUCUCACCCUUGGCCAUCUUAUUACUGUUACAUAUCCCGUUUGUUUCCGCUUCACUGCCGAACCUCAAUGGCACCAGUGUCCCUACACUCGACGUCAGUAACCCUUUAUCCUGCAGCAACACCAGAUCCUUGUGGGACAUCAUCUGGAGUUGCGCUGCGACUCUAUUCGCAUGCACAUGGACUGCAAUUCAUCCAAACAUCCCAGGUAUGGACGAGGGGAAAUUCGCUGUUUACUCUCGUCGGCUAGGCAUCAUGAUGAUGGGGCUGAUCGCCCCAGAACUUGUGAUUACCUGGGCCACUGUACAGUUUCUAAGUGCUCGUGACACUGCAAAGGCCUUCAAUGAUGUCUUUGGUGCACAACUUCACCAGACCCGCAGCUGCUGUGCAGAUAUGAGAGAGAUCGGUACAGCUACGUCGCUUCCAGCAUCAUUGUUUAGAGAGUGGACAGUGACGCAUGGUUUUUUCGUAUGGAUGGGUGGAUUCAUGCUCUACUUCGAUGACAAGCCGCGAGCCACUCUUACACCCAAUGAGCUUAAGCGCUUUGUUCAUGAGGGCUCUGUGGAAAUGCCCAUCAUCAUGGAGGCAGACAUAGAAGAUCGAAGUAAGGGUGACGCAUUGUCCAAAGGCAUCGCCAUUCUUCAGCUGGCAUGGUUCGUCCUCCAGCUUGUCGCCCGUUACGUUCAGAACCUUCCGGUGACACUGCUUGAACUCGACACCCUUGCUAUAGCUGCGCUGAGCGGCAUUGCUUACGGCUUUUGGUGGAAGAAGCCUAAGGAUGUAGGACGCCCUCAUGUUGUUUAUUGGAAAGCAACUGCCUCUCCACCAAGCAUAUUAACCUACGACAAUAUAGGUGAAAAAUUCUCCGAAAACUUCUGGAGUGAUCUUUGGUUCACUUGCGUUUAUCCCUGGAUGAGUCUUAUGAGCAUUGAAAUAUCUGUUUCCCCUCGUGCUGUCCAUUCACGUCGGGUUCCGUCUCAGGGUGGCUAUAAGGAGAGUAAUCGUCAUGAUGGAGUCAGACUUCUUAUUGGAUGUUUCAGUGGGGCAGUGUUUGGAGGUCUGCACUGUUUGGGCUGGAAUGUUUUGUUUCAGGGGCACGCAGAGCAGAUGCUAUGGCGUGCAGCUUCCCUUGCGAUAGCAUCAGCACCAGUAUUCAUUCUUCUGUCGUAUGGCUAUAUCAUUUGGCUGGAUGGUCUUCAUCAGACUAUCGUAGCGUGUACUGUACUGUCCAGCGCGUGUGUAUAUAUUGUUGCACGCGUUACACUCAUUGUACUUAUAUUGAUGGGCUUUCGAUCAUUACCUCCUGGCGUGUACGACACAGUAGCUUGGACAAAGUUGAUUCCACAUUUGUAGUUUCCUUUUACUUA